AGGCAGCCCCGCGACCCCCGCCAAAGCAACGGACCACUCGAACGAACCGCACUUCGCAGCAGGCUACCACAAAGCAAACUCGCGGCAUUACGACUCCUUUCGCAGGCUGCCUCCAUUUGUUGAGCCUGCUGUGUCCAGCUUUUUUUUGCGACGAAACAACCCAAUCUCUUUAUAUACCCUGGUAGCUGCCCCGCGUAGCGGGCCAUUCUUGUCAAGAACCUCGAAAGCGCCGGGAUCAGCGUCUGCCCAAGAGUCAACGAACGCAACACCAUGAACGUCCUCAAGCUUCAGAGGAAAUUCCCUCAAUUCCAGCAGAAUGACAUCUUCUCCCUAGCCGACGCCUUCCGCAAGCUCGAUGUCGAUGACAAAGGGUACAUUGACGAGGCCACCGCCAUCAAGGCGACCCAGGCGAGCGAGCACAAGCCCUAUGACGUCGUCCGCCAGGCCCUGAAGGAGGUCGAGCUCGAUUCUUCGAGACGUGUUGAGCUGGAAGACUACAUUGGGCUUAUUGCCAAGCUUCGCGACUCCUCUGCUGGCCCCCAGCGGGCUUCCGCUGCUGCCGCCUCCUCGCCAGCCGCUGUCAUUUCUCAGCGGACGGGCGGCGGCCACGCGUCCAAGGGCAGCAUUGGCGGAAGCGGCAAGAUCUUUGUGCAGGGUUCGAACGCGAACAUUACCCACACCAUCAACGAAGACGAGCGCACCGAGUUUACCCGCCACAUCAAUGCCGUGCUCGCUGGCGACCCCGACAUUGGCCACCGGAUCCCCUUUCCGACCGACACCUUCGAGAUGUUCGACGAGUGCAAGGACGGCCUUGUUCUGGCCAAGCUCAUCAACGACAGCGUGCCCGACACUAUCGAUGAACGUGUUCUGAACAUCCCCGGGAAGAAGAACAAGACGCUCAAUGCCUUCCAGAUGACCGAGAACAACAAUAUCGUCAUUGAAUCGGCAAAGGGCAUUGGCUGCUCCGUGGUAAACAUCGGCAGCGGGGAUAUCAUCGAGGUCCGGGAGCAUCUUAUCCUCGGCCUGAUCUGGCAGAUCAUUCGCCGUGGUCUGCUGGGCAAGAUCGACAUCAAGCUGCACCCCGAGCUGUACCGGUUGCUGGAGGAGGAUGAGACCCUGGAGCAGUUCCUGCGGCUUCCGCCGGAGAUGAUCCUCCUUCGCUGGUUCAACUACCAUCUGAAGGCGGCCAACUGGCCCAGGAGGGUACAGAAUUUCUCGGGCGACGUGAAGGACGGCGAAAACUACACGGUGCUGCUGGCGCAGAUCGGCUCCGAGUACGGCUGCACCCGUGCCCCUCUCCAGACGCGAGAUCUGCACCAGCGGGCAGAGGAGGUGCUUCAGAACGCAGACAAGCUCGGGUGCCGCAAGUUCUUGACCCCGUCAUCGCUCGUCGCCGGCAAUCCCAGGCUCAACCUCGCCUUCGUCGCCAACCUGUUCAACAACCACCCCGCGCUCGACCCCAUCACCGAAGAAGAGAAGCUCCAGGUAGAGGACUUCGACGCCGAGGGAGAGCGUGAAGCCCGCGUCUUCACGCUGUGGCUCAACAGCUUGGACGUGCAACCGGCCGUCCAGUCCUUCUUCGACGACCUCCGCGACGGCACCAUCCUCCUCCAGGCGUACGACAAGGUGAUCAAGGGCUCCGUCAACUGGCGGCACGUCAACAAGGCGCCGGCCCACGGCGGCGAGAUGCUGCGGUUCAAGGCGGUCGAGAACACCAACUACGCGAUCGAGCUCGGCAAGCAGAACGGCUUCUCGCUGGUCGGCAUCCAGGGCGCCGACAUCACGGACGGGCAGCGCACGCUGACGCUCGCCCUGGUCUGGCAGCUGAUGCGCAAGGACAUCACGCUGACGCUGCGGGGGCUGGCCCAGCGACUCGGCAAGCGCGAGAUCACCGACGCCGAGAUGGUCCGGUGGGCCAACGACAUGAGCCGCAAGGGCGGCCGCAACUCGAGCAUCCGCUCGUUCAAGGACCCGGCCAUCGGCACGGGCGUCUUCCUGCUGGACGUGCUCAACGGCAUGAAGAGCAGCUACGUCGACUACGACCUGGUCACCCCCGGCCGCACCGACGAGGAGGCCUACCUGAACGCCAAGCUGAGCAUCAGCAUCGCGAGAAAGAUGGGCGCCACCAUCUGGCUGGUGCCCGAGGACAUCAGCCAGGUCCGCAGCCGCCUGGUGACGACGUUUAUCGGCUCGUUGAUGGCGACAUACGAAAAGAUGCAGUAGGCUAUUCAGGCAGCGUUUGGGUGUGUGGGACGGCGGCAGGCUGGUUCUGGCAAAAAGUUGAAUGAGCAAUCGGUUCUCUAGGGUUCACCUCUACUCUCUCCCGCCGGGCCGUCCAAGCUGUACUGGUUUUCUUGCGCAGUUAUCCCGCCAGUGACAUUCCAAAUCGUUUUCCAACCUUCGUUGGGCCACAUCAGCCGUGAACGAGGAGUGGGCGCCUUGCCCAGCAGAGGCCGCUCCGUCGAGCCUACCUUGGCUGCUUAUGUGGUGACCCUUGCCAAUGUAGGAUUCAUGGCGCCGUCGCUGGACCCGCUGGGAUGUAGUCUCGUCUCGGUUAUAGCUAAAGAGGUCCCGCCAAGACUAAU